AACUAGCAUAAGGAAAUAUAUACACAUACAAUAACAGACAGACUGAGUUAUUGCUACAUUUCUUCAAGAACCCAAAAGGUAUAGAACUGUAGACAUAACGUAUAGAACAGCACACCAUAAUGAAUCCACACUAUAGUGCCCAAUGAUCUGUUGUAGCACCACACUGUAGCAUAGCUGAUCUGCCCCUCCUCUGAGUAAAUGUUCCUUUGCCCUUUGACCUCACAGUGCAUUGGCUGACUGUCACCAGUCCCUCUGCUAUCUAUAGCCCAUAUUGUAUUUAUAGCUGGGAAAAGAAACAGACACCCCCCUCCCACCCCCCUGUGUGCCUGCUGUGUGCGGAUUUGUUUCUGUUCAAUACCAUGUCUGGGAAAUGUCUUGGGAGGAAAGCUGCAUGUCAGAACAGUGUGGCACAAUUUAGCCAGUUCAACCAAUUUUUUUUCUGCCUGAGUUUAAUGCCACGGUAACGUAAUGGAGACCGGCAGCAGCAGUAAUUCAGGCAGGGGGAGCGGGAGGCCAGAUACAGCCGCCACCCUCCGGGUGCGUGUGGAGGACAGCGUCUUCAUGGUGGACAGAGCCAUGCUGGUGCGCGGCUGUGACUACUUCCGCGCCCUCUUCCGCUCGGGGAUGAGAGAGUGCAGGCAAGAGGAGGUUCACCUGAGGGGCCUGCGGGUGCGCGGCUUCCUGAUCGUGCUGGCUGUGCUGAGGGGGGACCGGCCCACCCUGAGCGACGACCAGAUCGUCGACGCCGUCGAAUGCGCUGCAUUCCUCCAGGUGGGCGCUCUGGCUCGGCACCUCGCUGACCUCAUCAACUCUGACAACUGCCUGCUGCUGUGCCAGGCCGCCGCCGUGUACGGCCUGUUGGAGCUCUACCUCAGUGCCGCGCUCUUUAUCCGUGACAUGCAUGAAGACCUGCAGGAGGCGGCGGAAAGCCUGCUGUGGGAAUCUCGGCAGUAUGUGCAGUCUCUCACCCCCAGCUCCUUUGUGGCAGUUGGCACGUACUCUCCUUCCAUGGAGAUACUACAGGACUCUUUCAGGACUCUCUGUUACCUGGAUGAAGGCGAAAAGGACUGGAAACACCUGACUGACCUGCCGACAGAAGCUAGCACCUCCAUGGCAGGCCUGGCAGUCCUCUCCAACAAGCUCUACAUCGUGGGGGGCGUGCGGGACGUCAGCAAGCAAGUGGUGGAGUCUUGCUUCUGCUACGACGCGAUGGCUAACAAGUGGACCACCUUCAACGGCCCCCGCCAACUCCGCUACAACUUCACGCUGGUGGGGCACGAGGGCCGGCUCUAUGCCAUCGGUGGGGAGUACGAGAAAACCGCCAUGUCGUCGGUGGAAAUGUACGACGUUGCGACUGGCAACUGGUCCUUCGUCCACCAUGCCCCACGGCCUGUGGCCGACGCGGCAUGCGCCAAGGCGAUGAGCCGGAUAUUUGUGUGCUUUUGGAAGCCCAAGGAGACUACAGACAUCUACGAGUAUGUCCCGGGACGGGACGAGUGGUCCCUCGUCACCACACUGAUUCGUCCUCACAGCUACGGUCACUGCAUGGUGGCGCACCGGGAUAACCUCUACGUGAUGCGGAACGGGCCCUACGCCGACUUCCUGCGGUGCCUGAUGGACUGUUACAACAUCACCACGGGGCAGUGGACAGCCAUGCCGGGGCACUAUGUCAACAGCAAGGGCGCCCUGUUCACUGCUGUGGUGAGAGGUGAUUCAGCGUUCACCGUCAACCGCAUGCUGACGCUGGAGUAUGCCAUCGGAACAGGGGGGUGGAAGCCACGACGAGAGAUGAAGGGUUUUCCAAGGAGCGGUUCGGUCUGGACAUUUUUCCUGAGGCUGCCAAAAACGAGGGCACAUCCCAAACAGAGGGAAGCGCUGGACAGCAAUGGUCAGGACGAUGCCAAUGACCCCAAUCCGGCUUAAACUAUCCUUGCACAAAUUCAAAAGUGCUCUGAAUACUACCUAAGAAGGCUGGAUGGAUCAUAAAUUAUCAGCGGCUCAAAAUUUUUUUGUAUGUUUUUAUUUCCUACUCACUCAUUUUUGAAAGUCUUCUUACCCAUGAUUCCAAGGCCCUCUGCAUAUACAAGCUCAGCCCAGGUAGGCUCUCUCCUCCAAAGUGAAUGAUUGCAGCCACCACAUAUAUUCCACUCUACAGUCCUCCAGCUGAGCUGUGUGACCACUGGUGAGGAGGAAUGCAACUUCAUAUGUAGCUGGUGCAGGCAGACCACAAGUUCCUAACGAGCCAGUGAAAUCACUCUUAGACAAGGAGAACAUGCUAACUUCAACGCUCCCUGAGUGAUGCUACAGCUAAUUACGUGCCACCAUAAUAUGGCAGUUGGCACUAGUUAAAUUAGGAUUCACUUCAAAGGAUCAAUGCUGACUGAGCUUUAGCUGGACAUGUCACUGCCCGUUGAAUGGCUCACUAAAUUAGAAUAUUCAUAUAAUGCUUUUCUAUGGAAGUCACAUGGUUGUCUCGUGUGAUUCUGUGAUUGACAGUGCAGGGUAUCUCUGCUUUAUAAAUUGUUAGAAAAUGUAAUAAAUAAAGCAGAGAUAUUUUCUUAUUAAAAAUGUAUUUGUUUGUAUGUUACAGUAAUACCACAGAAUACACAUACAGGGCUAAUGCAAGUAUAUGAGAGUUUUAGAUAAAGAUACAACAGGUCUGCUGUGAGUAAACAGUGGCGUCUCUGCACAACAAAUGACAUGAUUAGUCCCCUGAGCUGCAGUCCAUGUGCUGCAGUUUGUGUUCUUUGCCAGUUUUCCAGUGCCGUUCCAGCGUUUUUCUGUUUAUUCUGAUUCCUAGUUUUGAACUGUUUUACGAUUUUUGCCUGCCGUCUCUGUAUUCCUCUUACCGGUUAUGACUUCUGCCUGUUUACCCGACUUUGUUUUUGCUACCGUUUUUGUACUUUUGCCCUUUUGGAUUUUUUGGUAUUUGACCCAUGCCUGGAUUUUGAUUACAAGACUGUCUGCUGAUCUUGUACUGCUGAAUAAAUCACCUAUAUUUUCAUCCGUACUUCCUGAUCUCCUUUUCGAGCCUGACAGUAUGAUCUGGCCAGGAUGGACUCAGCGGGCUUCAGUCAGCUGCAGACAGCCCUGGGGAGACAGGGAGCCAUGCUGGGAGAACACCAGAGUCAGUUGGAGUCUGUGAAGCAAGCGUUGGAAUCCUUCGCCGGCAACAUGACCCAGAUCGCUACACAGCUACAGCAGCAUCAGCAGGUGCAAACCAGCACUCCACCACCGCCAGCGACUUCUCCCAUCCUGCCUCCUCCUGCCCUGCCUACCCGAGAAACUCGUCUGCCUCCUCCUGAACACUAUGUUGGCGAACCAGGUACAUGCAGGUCUUUUUUGUCCCAAUGCGUGCUCAUUUUCGAACUGCAACCAUCGGUUUUUCCUACGGAGCGAGCGAAAGUCGCCUAUAUUAUCACCCUGCUGUCGGGUCGGGCUAGGGAGUGGGGAACGGCCGUAUGGGAAGCCGGUUCCAUUUUUUGCAAUGACUAUCAUUCCUUUGCUGAUGAGAUGCGCAAAGUAUUUGAUCGCUCCAUGCACGGAAGAGAAGCCGCUCGUCAGAUGCUUCAGGUACACCAGGGGCGCAGGUCCAUCUCCGACUACGCCAUAGAAUUCUGCACUCUCGCCACGACCAGCGGGUGGAAUGUGGCGGCUCAGUUUGACACCUUCCUUAAUGGUCUUGCCGAGGAGAUUAAAGACGAGAUUGCCACCCGUGAGCUGCCCUUCGCCUUUGAUGACCUGGUGGAUUUGGCGAUCCGCAUGGAUAAGCGGUUGACUCAACGUCGCAGAGAGAGAUGUGUGAGAGACAUCUGCAGAAUUGCAACCUCAAGUAUUGCCGGUUUCAAGACCAUCACCACCUCGCGAACUGGAACCUAUGCAGAUCGACCGCACCCACCUGACUCCUGCGGAGAGACAGAGAAGAAUCAGCACUAGGUCCUGUCUCUACUGUGGCACGACUGGACACUUCAUUGCCACUUGCCCAGUAAAAGACAACGCUCGCCAGUAGACUGGGGAGUACUGGUGAGUGUCGCCCCCGUUCAGAACUCCUCAACCCUCCGCACUCUGUUGCCUACCACUCUCUUGUGGAAGGAUCAGCAAUAUCCCCUCUCCAUCCUGAUUGACUCCGGUGCUGAUGAGAGUUUCAUUGACACCUCUCUGGCAGCCCAGUGGGGUCUGCCCACCACUGUCAUCCACUCUCCAUUGGUGGCUAAUGCUUUGAACGGGCAGAGACUCGCCAGCAUCACCCACAUCAUAGCCUCGGUGAGUCUUCUUUUAUCUGGCAAUCAUCGUGAAGAGCUUGUGUUACAUGUGUUUGACUCAUCCUAAGUUCCUGUGGUGUUGGGCCAUCCCUGGCUCGCUAAGCAUAACCCCCACAUAAACUGGACUGAGAAUUCUGUGGUGGGUUGGAGCCCAUUCUGCCACGCACACUGCCUCCGGUCUGCACCGUGUUCCGUGUCUUCUCUCCCAGUGUCUCAGAAGGAUUACUCUGACCUGUCUUCUGUUCCUCCUGAAUAUCUGGACAUACGGACGGCCUUCAGCAAGUCCAGGGCUACUUCGCUGCCCCCACACCGCCCAUAUGACUGCACCAUCGACCUGUUGCCAGGAACUUCACACCCCCCGGGACCGCCUCUAUUCGCUGUCUCCUCCAGAAGUCGAGGCUAUGAACAAGUAUAUCAGUGAGUCCCUGGCUGCUGGUAUUAUUUGUCCCUCAUCAUCCCCGGCUGGUGCAGGGUUUUUCUUUGUGGGGAGGAAGGAUGGCUCCCUCCGUCCAUGUACUGAUUACCGGGGUCUGAAUGAAAUAACUGUUAAGAACCGUUACCCGUUACCCUUCCUGUCAUCAGCUUUUGAGCUCCUACAGGGAGCUGCUAUUUUUUUGUUGGACCUCCGCAACGCCUACCACCUGGUCCGAAUCAGAGAAGGAGACGAGUGGAAGACUGGUUUUAAUACCCCUACCGGCCACUACGAAUACCUCGUCAUGCCCUUUGGGUUGACCAACGCCCCUGCAGUGUUCCAGACCCUAGUCAAUGACAUUCUGCGCCAUAUGGUAAACCAGUCUGUCUUUGUCUAUCUUGAUGAUAUUUUAAUUUUUUGUCUGUCCAGGAGCACGUGCAACACGUCCGGCGGGUUCUACAACGUCUGCUGGAGAACCAGCUUUACAUCAAGGCAGAGAAGUGUGCCUUCCAGCAACUGUCAGUCUCCUUCCUGGGGUUUAUCGUCUUGGCAGGUGGCAACCAGAUGGACCUUCGUAAGGUCAGAGUGGUGACUGAAUGGCCCAUCCCCAAGACCCAUAGGGACCUCCAAAGAUUUCUGGGCUUCGCCAAUUUCUAUCGAAGAUUCGUGUGGGACUCCAGUAAGGUCACCGCCCCUCUCACUGCCCUCACUUCUACCACCAUCAGGUUCAGCUGGACGGACAGCGCUGAUAGAGCGUUCAGUAAACUCAAGAGGCAUUUCACCACGGCACCCAUUCUGACCCUCGCCGACCCCUCCCAUCAGUUUAUUGUGGAGGUGGAUGCCUCGGACAUGGGCAUGGGGGCUGUUUUGUCUCAACGUUUGGUUAAGGAUAAUAAGCUUCACCCCUGUGCCUUCUUUUCCCACCGUCUCACCCUCACCAAACAGAAUUAUGACAUUGGUAACCGCGAACUACUGGCUGUGAAACUGGCCAUUGAGGAGUGGCGCCAUUAGCUUGAGGGCACAGAGAUCCCGUUCUUGGUCUGGACCGAUCACAAGAACUUGGGGUAUAUUAAGACGGCCAAACGCCUCAACUCUCGCCAGGCUCGCUGUUCCCUGUUUUUCGCCCGUUUUAAUUUUAGCUUGUCUUACAGACCCGGCUCCAAGAACAUCAAAUCUGACGCCAUCUCCCGCCUGUUCUGCACCUCUGAGGGCAAGCCUAAGCCUGAAACUGAAAGCAUUCUGCCCGAGCAACGUUUAGUGGCCGCAGUGGCAUGGGACAUCGAAGCUGCGGUGCGCAAUGCCCAGCAGCACGAACACACUCCUGCUCAAUGUCCUGCUAACCUGUUAUUUGUUCCCAGCUCUGUACGUGCGCAGGUCCCUCAGAGGGGACACUCUUCCCGGUUGACCUGCCACCCCGGUUCCAGAAGAACUCUAGCCUUCGUUCGGCAGCGGUUCUGGUGGCCCUACAUGUCCAAGGAGGUCAACAGCUUCGUUGCCGCCUGCUCAGUCUAUGCCAAAACAAGUCCUCCAACCAACCCCCUGCAGGUCUGCUACAACCCCUGCCGAUACCCAGACGUCCAUGGUCCCACAUAGCCCUGGAUAUCAUAACUGGUCUCCCUCCGUACAACGGUAGCACUACCAUCCUUACGGUCGUAGAUUGUUUUUUCCAAAUCUGUUAAUUUCAUUCCCCUUAUCAAAUUACCAUCUGCUAAAGUGACACCUUUAAAGGUGACACUUUUAAAGUGAUAUCAUGAGCUCAACUCAUGAUCAACCACGUUUUUAAAAUACAUGGACUACCUGUUGACAUUGUUUCUGACAGAGGCCCUCAGUUUGUCUCUCAUUUCUGGAAGGAGUUUUGCAGGUUCACUGGCACCUCCGUCAGCUUGUCCUCCGGAUUUCACCCUCAGACCAAUGGCCAGACUGAGCGGGCUAAUCAGGACCUGGAACGUAUGCUAUGCUGCCUGGCUUCUCAGAAUCCAUCCUCCUGGAGUCAGCACUUAGCCUGGGUGGAAUAUGCGCACAAUUCUCUUCCGGUAUCUUCCACUGGGCUAUCCCCUUUUCAUUGUUGCCUCGGUUACCAACCCCCUCUGUUUCCCGCUCAGGAGGAGGAGACCAGUGUGCCCUCUGCUCAAGCGUUCAUCCAACGUUGCCAACAAACCUGGAGACGAGCCUGUGCAGCCUUAUUUCGGUCCAGUGAACGUGUGAGGAGGUCAGCGGACCAGCGUAGAACCAAGGCUCCCCGUUACCAUUGUGGUCAGAGGGUUUGGUUGUCCACUCGGGACAUUCCGCUGAGGGCGUGCUCCCGGAAAUUGGCGCCCUAUUUCAUUGGCCCUUACCUCAUCUCCAAGGUCAUCAACCCAUCGGUGGUCCGCCUCAGACUGCCCAGUUCCCUCCACCGAGUGCACCCAUCCUUCCACGUCUCCUAGAUUAAACCCAUGCAUCACAGUCUCCACUCGACUCCUACCCCAGCCCCACCCCCUCCACGACUCAACAAUGGAUCAGCCGCCUGCACUGUCAGGCGACUAUUGGAUGCCCGCCGUCGUGGACAAGGUUUCCAAUACCUCGCCAUGGUUUUGUUUUUGUUUUCAGUGCCCAUGUGUUUCCUUGGUCCCCCCUUUUGGAUUUUUUUUUUGGAUUUGAUUUGACCUUUGUCUGGAUUUAGAUUACGAGACUGCUUGCUGAUUCUGUACUGCUGAAUAAAUCGCCUAUAUUUUCAUCCGUACUUCCUGGUCUGCUUUUGAGUCCAACCCCCAAGCCUGACAAACCCCCUUACUCUAUUACCACUCCACCCUACCACAACCCACCUUACUCUAUUACCACUCGACCCUACCAAAACCCGCUUAUUCUUUUACCACUACAAUCCCUUACUGUAUUCCCACUCCACCCGACCACAACAAACUUAUUCUAUUACCACUCCACCCGACCACACCCCCCUUACUCUAUUACCACUCCACCCGACCACACCCCCUUACUCUAUUACCACUCCACCCUACCACACCCCCCUUACUCUAUUACCACUCCACCCUACCAAAACCCCUUACUCUAUUACCACUCCACCCAACCACAACCCCCCUAACUCUAUUACCACCCCACUCUACCACAACCCCCUUCACUCUAUUACCACCCCACCCUACCACAACCCCCUUAACUCUAUUACCACCCCACCCUACCAAAACCCCCUUAAUCUAUUACCACUCCACCCUACCACAACCCACCUUACUCUAUUACCACUCCACCCUACCAAAACCCGCUUAUUCUUUUACCACUACAAUCCCUUACUGUAUUCCCACUCCACCCGACCACAACAAACUUAUUCUAUUACCACUCCACCCGACCACACCCCCCUUACUCUAUUACCACUCCACCCAACCACACCCCCUUACUCUAUUA